GGUAAUACGACGCCAGCCGCCAUAUCUGUCUUUCUGUACCGGUUGAAGGAGACUGGAGUCAUGAGAGGAAUCCGAUCCCUCCACAAUAUCCCCAAACGCUGCUAUGCGGCUGCCAGGAGGAGUCCAGCUCUCACUGAACCCCUCGCUCUGCCGUCCUUAGCUAAACCUCUCCCUCCCCAAAAUGUCCAGGUGUCUAAACUUCCCAACGGUCUGGUGAUAGCAUCGCUGGAGAACAACUCCCCGCUGUCCAGUGUCAGUGUGUUUGUGAAAGCUGGGAGUCGCUAUGAGACUGUGGAGAACCAAGGCGUCUCUCAUGUGCUGCGACUGGCAGCAAACCUGACCACUAAGGGUGCAUCUGCCUUCAAGAUCUGUCGUGGUUUGGAGGCACUGGGGGGCAGCCUGAGUGUGACAUCAUCAAGGGAGACCACCGUCUACACGGCAGGAUGCAUGAGAGACAACAUAGAUUUAUUAUUUGAGUAUCUGGUCAACGUGAUCACAGCUCAGGACUUUCGGCCGUGGGAGGUGUCCGGACUGACGUCAAGAGUGAAGAUCGACAAGGCUCUGGCUCAGCAGUGUCCUCAGAUAGGUGUUAUUGAGAAGUUGCAUGAAGCAGCGUACAAAAAUACCCUGUCCAACUCUCUGUACUGCCCGGACUACAUGGUCGGCCAUGUCUCUUCUGCACAGCUGCAUUCAUUUGUUGCGGACAAUUUCACCACUGGGAGAAUGGCUCUUGUAGGACUAGGUGUGAAGCACUCUGUCCUAAGGCAGUUGGGCGAGGGGCUCCUGAGUGAGCGCAGCGGGGCGGGAGCGCCUGUGGCUCAGGCUGUGUACCGCGGAGGUGAGCUGCGGGUGCAGAACACCGAUGACCUGGUCCACGCCCUGAUUACCAGCGAGGGCGGUGUGACAGGAAGCGCAGAGGCUAAUGCCUUCACCGUGCUGCAGAGGAUCCUGGGAGCUGGGCCACAUAUUAAGAGAGGCUCCAACAUCACCAGCAAGCUGAGCCAGGGUAUUGCCAAAGCCACCACACAGCCAUUUGAUGCCACAGCCUUCAAUGCCUCAUACACCGACUCCGGCCUGUUUGGCAUAUAUACCAUUGCACAAGCUGACUCAGCAGGAGAGGUGAUCCAAGCUGCCGUUGCUCAGGUGAGCGGUGUGGCAGAGGGAAAUGUAUCGGAGGAGGACGUCAUCAGAGCAAAGAACCAGGUGAAGGCAGAGUACCUGAUGUCAAUAGAGAGCGCCGAGAGUCUGAUGGAGGAGAUCGGGGCUCAGGCUCUGAGCACUGCAGCGUACCAGCUCCCUGACGCCAUCCUCCAGGCCAUAGAUGGUGUCACCCAUGACGAAGUGGUCAAGGCUGCGAACAAAUUUGUGGAUGGCAAGAAGACCAUGGCAUCUUGUGGACAGCUGUUGAAUACACCUUUCGUUGAUGAAUUAUGAAGAUAAAUCAUAAGAACGGUUGGUUUUAUUUCUGGCUCGCUGUGCCGGGAUGCUUCAAAGGGAAAGAGGACAUUAAAGCCUCCUGCAACAAUUCAUCUGAUGUCACCAAUCAUGUGUCUGUCCUGCAGUAAGUGCACCAACAAGGACCUGGAGAAUCAUAAUGCAAUAUCUUUUUUGUUUUCUGUCAAUUGAACUGUAUAUCUAUGUAAAUUAAAGAAUAUGAUAACCACUG